AUGACAGGCUUUACAGGUUUCAGUGCACCUACAUCUUCCAGCUUUGGAAUGAAUACUCAAACAACGGCUAGUCCAUUUGGCUAUGGUUCUACAACAUCAUCUGUAGCUCCAUCAUUUGGAUUUGGUUCUACUACAACGUCAGGGAGUCAAGCUUCUUCUUUUGGUUUUGGAGCCACUACAACUAGUGCAGCACCAACAUUUGGAUUUGGAGCCGCUGCUACUACUACAGCCCCAACUUUUGGAUUUGGUGCUGCUGCUGCCGCUUCAUCAUCACAAUCAAUAUUUUCCGGUUUAGGGCAAUCACAACCUACUGCAUCAGUUGCUCCUUCAUUUGGAGGGUUUGGUUCAUCAUUUGGAGCCAAGCCAUUUGGUACAACAGCAGCAACUGCAUCUCCAUUCAAUUUAACUACUCCUUUUGGUCAAGGUAAUACUACUCAACAACCACAACAACAGCAACAACAACCCCCUCCCAAUGCUAAUGAUUUAGUAAUUAAUUCAAUUGUAAAUUGUAAAUUAUUUGGAGAUGAAAGAGAUCAGAUUGUUUGUAAACUUAACUUGUUGCAAGCUUGUUGGGGUACGGGAAAAGGAUUUUAUGGAUUGAAUAUGCCACCUGUUGAGUAUACUCCUCAAAAUCCGCUCUGCCGUUUUAAAGCUAUUACAUACAGUGUGAAACCAACAUCAUCAAGCAGAGAUGCACUUGUGGCAAUUAAUAUUAAUAAAAAAAUGGAUGAAAUAAGAAAACAAGAAGUACAGUUCACAUCUAAUUUAUUUGCGGUAUUGGGAAGUAAACCAAAUUUAAGUGUACAUUUAGAUACAUUAAAAUUGUACACAGAAACCAAAUCAAUGGCUUUAAUAUAUGUCGAAGAAAAACUUCAAAAUGGUGUGUUCUGUAAAUUUUGA